AUGAACAACACCUUCGGCGGCGAUCUCGCAGCCAGGCGCGCACGGCUUCACGAUGCCGAAGCUUCACACGCGCAGCACCAACCCUGCGAAGUCGUCUUCGUUGCCUCAUCCCCCAUUGCCUCAACCGCCACGCUGAGCCCAUCGUCCCCAGCGCCGCCCACUCCAACCACCAGGCUCCCCGCGCCAGAUGAUCGGCUGCCUUUCCGAUACGACUAUGCCCCCCCGUCACCGGUGCAACAGUACGCCACAGUCCCCUCCGGGCACCUGGCCGAUCCAGGAAUGUACCCGUCAGGAGCACGAAGUCCCUCGCCCCCGUCUCCGAGCUAUUCUCCAACCAGCCCCGAGUACACGCCGCCAUCUCCGACGUUUGCGCCUUUCUCUCCGAUAUUCUCGCCACCAUCUCCAACGUUUUCGCCAACCUCUCCAAGAUAUUCGCCGACCUCCCCAAGGUACUCGCCAACCUCCCCGUGCGGGGUGCGGCCCUCUCUGAGCUACUCGCCGCCCAACUGGCCGUACCUAUCGCGCACGCCGACAGUCUCACCAUGCAGCCCAACGUAUUCGCCAUGCUCUCCGGUCGAAGCGCCAGCCACGCCUCCGCCCGCUGCCACUGCUCCAGAGGGGAACUCGGUGGAGGAGCAGGAUCGACGGACGCCACGCAUCAGCAGGAAGAGGGCACGGUCGGCGAGCCCACGCUCCCCACACUCCUCCUUGCCAAGCCACCUUCGCUACCGGGUGCGUGUUGCAGCGGUGGAUGUGCAGUUCGCGCUUGCCCUGACGGAUCGGGCGUUGGAGAAGGUGGAUGAGGCGCUGCGUGGCCUCGAUGCUGCGAGGGUAGGGUUGGUUGCGGUGCGAAACUCGUUGACGGCAUCUGCGGAUGGAUUGAGGGAGUCCGGGGGAACUUGA